UAAAAGCUUCCAGAUCACGAAAACCCAAGCCGCCAUACUCUUUAGACAAACAAAGCUUAUCCCAUGGUAACGAGUGAAUUUUCCUCAGGUGAGAAUCUGCUCCCCACCAAAAAUCUGUCAUUGCACUAGAGAGCUUCGAGCACAACUUCUUUGGAAGUUUAAAAACAAACAUAGCAAACACCGGAAGAGCUGAAGCUGUGGAUUUAAAAUAAUAUCUCUUUUCCACGUUGAGAAAGCUUACGCAUAUAACAAGAGUUCAGCCUGCCAUUAGUUCUUUCUUUAAGAUAUCCUUUGAGAAUUCAUGAGAGGUGUUGUAAACUUCAAUUUUAUUUCCAGCUAGCCUUGGCUUUUCCACGUGGAACAAUGACAACAACCUAGCGUGUCGGUCACCACAACUUGUCCUCCUCAAAAGAAUCACCGGCUAUUUCCAGUUACUUUAUCAAUCCGCUCUUCUAUUGUUUCCACGUCAUUCUCUGUAUUUCCCCGUCACGGUCGUUCUCAAUCUUAUUUCUGGAACACUAUAAAAAACCUUUUUUAUAAAAAAAGCAAAAGAAAAAAACAAACUAAAACAAGGAAGGAAGGAAGGCGAAGGAGAGAGGAGAAGUGAUUCGAUCGAUUCUCUUUUCGUUUGAUCGAAGCUAAAACCAUCAACGAAUCAGACUACAUUUGUUUCGUAUGAGAUGAGAACCGGCGGCUUGUUUCUGAUGCACUCUUUGUCGUCUCCUUCCUCGGCGGCAUCGCUUAACCUGAAGGAAGGUACGAAUUGGUGGUGGGACGUGAACGAGUCUCCGGUCUGGCAAGACCGUAUCUUCCACCUCCUCGCUGUCUUAUACGCAGUCGUUUCCGUCAUUGCUGUGAUUCAAUUGGUAAGGAUACAGUUGAGGGUUCCGGAAUACGGAUGGACGACGCAGAAAGUCUUUCACUUUCUCAAUUUCCUCGUGAACGGAGUUCGAGCUCUAGUGUUUGUCUUCAGGCGUGAUGCACAGAACAUGCAGCCAGAGAUUCUACAACAUAUCUUGCUUGACAUUCCGAGUCUUGCUUUCUUUACAACGUAUGCGCUUCUCGUCCUCUUUUGGGCUGAGAUAUACUACCAGGCACGUGCUGUAUCAACUGAUGGACUGAGGCCAAGUUUCUUCACUACUAAUGCCCUUGUCUAUGUUGUUCAGAUUGUGCUUUGGUUGGUGUUGUGGUGGAAGCCUGUUCACGUUACGAUUAUCAUUUCCAAGAUGUUCUUUGCAGGUGUGUCAUUGUUCGCGGCCCUUGGAUUUUUAUUAUAUGGAGGAAGGCUUUUCCUAAUGCUGCAACGGUUUCCAGUAGAAUCGAAAGGGAGGCGCAAGAAGCUGCAAGAGGUCGGUUACGUGACAAGCAUCUGCUUUACCUGUUUCCUCAUCAGGUGCAUCAUGAUGUGCUUUAAUGCGUUCGAUGAUGCAGCAGAUCUUGAUGUCUUGGAUCACCCCAUCCUAAACUUCAUAUAUUACCUGUUGGUGGAGAUACUGCCUUCUUCGCUGGUCCUCUUUAUCCUAAGAAAGCUUCCACCAAAACGUGGUAUCACACAGUACCAUCCGAUUCAGUGAAACUGAGAGUGUAUCCCAUGGAGAUGGAUGCAAACAAUCAAAACACCUGAGGUAAUACAAUAAUAGAGAGAAACAUGUCAAACAGCUGAAAAUGGUGGAACGUUAAUCUCUUUUCUUUAAGCAGGAGUGUUAAGAUCGUGUAGGUAAAUCGUGGGGGGUUCUUGCUCCUCUUCAUAGAUAUAAUUGUACAUGUAAAGGAUUGAAGAAUGAUCAGUUGUGAUAUCUUCGUAAACUAAUUGAAUAUGGUUUAACUAGUA